AUGGUCUACAGACACAAUGAUAGCUACAAUAACUACAAGAAAAAGCAGUUAGUUGGUACUGUGGCUGAGAUUAUUAAAGAAGAAAAAGCGAAACAUAAGGAAGAGAUAGUGGAAGAAGACAAAGAAGAAAGAAAAGUUAAAGAAGAGAAACCACUAAAGGAAGAAAAGAAAAACGUUGAAAAUGGAGUUAGAGAAGACAACGGUAAUAGGCAUUUUACGACUGUAUACACGACAAAACACACAAGUAAGAUAUCACAUGUAAAGCCAUUUUUUAAGAAGCCAAAAGGUACAGAAAACCUACGAUGUGAUUGGGUUUUUGAUGGUAAACACGCAUCGUAUCUCUACAAUUUGACUCAGAAUAGAUUGAAAUACAACAACAAUAACUUCAAAGACUUGAAGAUGGAUUGCGCUUCUAUAAAGUAAGUUUGCGAUAAAGUAAGUCCCAGUAAGAUAGGGUAAUAUAGAAAAAGUUAUGGCGAAAUAAAGUAAGUUACCAUAAGAUAAGGUAAAUAACGCUAAGUUACAGUAAUAUACGUUUAGUUACAAUAAGAUAGGGUAGAGCAAAAUAAGUUACGUUAAGUUACAGUAAGAUAAGUAACAUAGAGUAAGUUACGAUAAAUUACAAUAAGAUAAAAUAGGGUCUGUAAGGUCUGGGUAGGGUCUACAUAGUGUCUGGGUAGGGUCUGGGCAGAGUCUGGGUAGAAUCUAGAUAGUGUCUGGAAAGGGUCUGGUAAGGUCUGGAGAGGGUCUGCGUAGGGUCAAGGUAGGGCCAGCAUAGAUUCUGUGUAGGUUAGGGAUGAUAAUACAAAACCUAUACUUUUAGAGACAGAACCUACUUCCCAUCUACCCCAAACUCUCAAGAAGAAGCUAACUUUCCAAUAGCUGUAACGCGUACAGUCUACCGUAAUUAUUAUUUCCUAGAACUUAUCCUAGCAGCUACAUAUCAACCUCAAAAUUACUAUUGUUACUCUAUAGAUCAAUCUUCGGAUAUUUUGUUUAAAACUCAGUUAAGAUCGUUGGCUAAUUGUUUUGACAACGUUCACGUUAUGAAUAUUGAACGUGAUUUAGAUGGAGAAGGACAUCUUCAACAUUUGGCUACUCAGAAUUGUUUUGGUUGGUUGAAUAAUAAGAGGAAGGAAUGGAAAUAUGUCUCGAUUUUACAGGUAUGUACUACAGUAGAAGUUCUGUAUAACGAACCUCUAACAAUUUUAAAUUUAAAUUUCUUUUAAAAAAAGAGGAUGUAAUUUAUAUUCAGAAUCACGACUUCCCUAUGAAGACGAACCUAGAAAUGGUAAAAAUUCAAAAACUUUUAAAUGGCUCAAAUGACGUUCUUAUCUUACCAUCGAUGAAAAGAAUAAACGAAAAGUUGGACUGGACUGUAGGCCAUCUUAAGUUAUUCAAAGACAGUAAGUUUUAAUAAUCAAAUCCUAGGUAACAUUAGAAACUAAAAAUAGAUUGCUUUGCUAUAAUACCUUCUUUUACUUUUCAGCUUAUAGGGAAAAUACCCUGUCACGCUCAGUAUCCGCUCAAAAUUUUUAAAUGAUUUUUAUAGAUUCUUCGUACCACUAAUAAUACUUAUAAAAAAUUUUAGCAUGCGCUUUUAAAUUAUAAAUUUUAAAUAUCUGAGUUUGUCGCCAAUUUGACAUAGUUGGCAUUGUGUUUCAAGCGCUUUUUGUCGAUUUUCCUGACAAGCUGCGCUUACAAAUUUAAAAACGUAAGUUCAUUUAUAGGCUUUCUACUAGUAGAUUAAAGAAAAAUUAUUAAAAGUCAAAAAAUUUCAAAGUUAUAAUAUUGAAACACAAUGCCAAUUUAGCGGGAAAUUCAAAACGUAAUUUUUUGAUCUAGAAUUUCUUGAAGUUGACUAGAAAACGCAAUUUAGUACUUUGCUAAAGAUCUUAUACAGGGUGCGCCACAAGCUCUGUUACAAACCUGUAUUAACAUGAUAUUUCUAUGUAAAAAGUUCAGAGCGGCACAUUUCAAGCACUUUUCUUGAAAAUUUCAAAUCAUUUUAAAAAAUAUCGUUUUUAGAAGCAAAACAAUCCCGUCUAGCUAAUGUAUCCUUAUCCUGGGUGAAAGGUCUAUUUCAAGCAACAAUAAGUCGAAGAACGAUGGAUUACCUACUGAAUGAGAUGGAUCUAUCAACUCUUAUCAAUCAGCUAGACGACAGAGCAACAUACGGAGUAGACGAGAUGUUAUAUGCCACGCUAUUAUCUAUGGAAGUACUAGAUAUACCAAACUAUUUUACUCAAAAUUGUAUCCAAAAAGCUGAUUAUGUCACUCGCCAAAGUAUAUGGGAAGGCAGUAAGCAUUGUCGAAGUAAAACGUGGCGGCAUCAGAUCUGUUUGUAUGGUAUAGAAGACUUGGUGCCAAAUUUGAAUGGUCAAAACAGUUUAUAUGCUAACAAGAUGAUGAUGGGUGACUUCAAUGGCAUUGUAUGUUGGCUGGAGUUACUGUUCAACAGGACGUAUGUUGAGAAGAAACCGGUAGUGAAUGACGUAUUUUACAAAAAUAUGGCUAUGGUAAAUCAUUUUAAAUGUUUUUGUUAAAUAAUUUUAACAAUUACCGAAAUUAUCUUUAUAAGGAAAAUGCCCGAGCCGUCCUAUUUUAAGUCUAUGUUAACAUAGCUGCUCUGCUCUGAUUUGCUUUAAACUUUGUAUAUAUAUAUGAUACCUUCAGCAAAGUACUAAGUCACGCUUUUCAGAAAAUUUCUAGAAAAUUGA